UACACGUUCCUAGCGCAUGCCUGAAACGUAUGACAUUUUAUAUCCGGUAUCGAGGCGGAACUCGUAAAUUAUAAUUACUCGUUUAUAGUAGCAGCAUGUUACCAAUAGGGCGAUUGUUAGCUAUAAUGUUUUCUUUGUUGCGAUGCCGUUGAUAAUAUAUUAAAAGAUUAGCGGGUGGACGUAAUAUGACAAUAUCCUCUUGAGUUGCAAAAGGGAGCGUUUUAGCGCUCCUCAACACCAACAAUGGCAAAAGAACCAGUAAGUAUGUUUUUCAAGCUCUACUGCUUGACUGUCAUGACGCUGGUAGCUGCUACCUACACUGUGGCCUUGCGAUACACAAGAACAGUCUCCACUGAAAUGUACUUCUCUACCACUGCAGUCUGCAUCACAGAAGUCAUUAAACUCUUUUUGAGUGUUAUCAUUCUGGCAAAAGAAACCAGUAGUUUGGGGAGGCUGGUAGCAUCCCUAAGAGAGAAUGUGUGUGGUAAUCCAAAAGAACUGCUUAAGUUGAGUAUUCCGUCAGUUGUGUAUGCAGUCCAGAAUAAUAUGGCAUUUUUAGCACUGAGCAACCUGGAUGCGGCUGUUUAUCAGGUGACCUACCAGUUGAAAAUCCCCUGCACAGCCCUUUGUACAGUGUUAAUGUUGAACCGUUCACUGAGUAAAUUACAGUGGUUUUCUGUCUUUAUGUUAUGUGGAGGCGUAACGUUAGUCCAGUGGAAACCCGCAGAAACGUCUAAUGUGCAGAUUGAACAGAAUCCCUUUUUGGGCUUUGUAUAUAUUGCAGUUGCUGUCCUAUGCUCUGGAUUUGCAGGUGUGUACUUUGAGAAGGUCCUCAAAAGUUCUGACACAUCUCUGUGGGUGCGAAACAUCCAAAUGUAUCUGUCGGGGAUUAUUGUGACCCUUGCAGGAGUUUACGCGUCUGAUGGAACUCGGGUUAUAGAAAAAGGUUUUCUUUACGGCUAUACUCCAUGGGUGUGGUUUGUCAUAUUUCUGGCAAGUGUUGGUGGCCUUUAUACGUCUGUGGUUGUGAAAUACACGGAUAACAUUAUGAAAGGAUUUUCUGCUGCUGCUGCUAUUGUUCUGUCUACGGCUGCUUCAGUGAUUCUUUUUGGAUUACAAAUAACUUCCACCUUUGCAUCUGGUGCUCUGUUGGUAUGUGUUUCCAUAUACAUUUAUGGCUUACCAAAGCAAGACACCACCAAACUUGUGACAGAUACCGACGUAAAGAAUACAAAGGAGAAGCUGAUUGCCGUGUGAAGCUAACAAACAGCACAUCCUUCUCUAAGACACUGAAGACUUGCGCUUAAAUAUCAUAGGAAUGGAUAUUUAUACACGAGAUACUGUUGAUUAUAGGUGGGAAGAAGCACUUUCUUCUCAUGACUAAAAAUGUUUAUAAAGAAAAUUUGUAUCAGUAUUUUUUAAGAAAAAAACUUGAAAGGUGUAACACCUAUUUAAAAAAAAAAACAUUUUAUAGCCUAAAAGGGUUUUACACUUUUACCAACUAUCCUCAGGUGCCAAAACUGAAUGAUGGUGUUACACUACUGAUAAAAGGAAUGAACUGCAAUCAAGAAUGUCACUUUGGCCCUGAAGGACUAAAUGAUUAUUUUUUUUUUAUUUAGAAUAACAAACACAUUAUGUUUCUGGAAUGUUGCCUUGUUCUCGAGCACAAUGACCAUCUGCUAGAUUAUUGGUCAUCUGCCUUUUAGGACACAUUUCCUGAGUAAAUGAGAAAGCCGUUCAGUAUUUUAAAAUAUUGACUGUCUUCUGUUGAUUUGUGUGCCAGAAUUCAAGUUUAGAACAAGAAGGUACAGUGCAUUCUGGGGAAAGCGAUGCCAGUGGGACAAAUGACAUACUGUGUAUGUUCAUCCCACCACCAUAGCUGCUGUGCAAAAACAUGAGGAGGUACUGUUGAUAAACACAGAGCAAAGGGAUAUUUUCCAAAGUUAAAAUAUUUUGUUGCUAUGAAUUUUCAAGAAGUCUAAAAACAGACUUAAUAGUGCUGUACUCUACCUGGGGUUAUGAAAGGAAGAGACCGAAUUUCUGUUCUGUGUUAAACUUUCUUAGUUCUUGAUUCUGAAAACAGACACAUGGUUGCCCCUAAAAAAAGGUUUACUUAUACAUAUUUUAAAAAUUAUUCUAAUUAAGCUUUUUUUAAUUAUAGUAAUUUACUUGCCAAUGGCAAAGUACUGUUGGUCUUGAUAACUGUACAGGAAAAGAUUAAAACUAAUGUGAUUUUGGUUAAAAGGGUAUACUGGGUUAAAUCAGCGGAAUAGCAAAAACAUUUGUAUAUACUGAAUGGUGUAAUGUGGGCCAUUUUCUAUAAAACUUUCAUCAAAAGUAUUCAUCCCUGUAAUAAAUGCUAU